AUGCCCGAACCAAGACAAGAAGAAGAAGAGAAAAUGAAAGGAUUUCGCUGUGCAAGUAUUGGGCGGAUAGUCAUCCGUUGGCGAAGAAAUGCCGAGUAUUGUUUUGAGGGUAUGGGUAUUGAUCAUGGACGAUUAAUCUCGGCAGGGAGAGCAGCGACGGCGACGGCCAGAGCGCAGCUCCUUCUCGGCCUCCAUGAGGCGUGUCUGCGUCCACAUGCGUAUGGAGCUGUCGGCGCGGACAAUGUCGCAGUUGAGCAUCUCGGUCAGGGCGCGCUUGAUGCUCUCGUUGACGUCAAAGAGGCGGCGCUCCUCGGCGGAGAUGGUCUGCAACGUCUCCUCGUCGGGGAUGGUGUCGAGGACAGCGGAGCCGCGGCGGCCGUCGGCGGACCAGCCGGAGCAGCGCGCCUGGCCGUUGCGGGACCUCUGGCGCGGCGAACAUCUCGUGACGUGAUUCGCGAGCGAGGGCUCGGCGCGGUUAGGGGAGGUGUCGGGCGACGAGACGGUGGAGGCGGCGCUGCAGAGGGACGACUGGCGCGGACGAAUCUGCUCGAGGUGGGUGCUGAGCUCAGCGUGCUGCUCUUGCAGAAGCAGGUACUUUUGCAUGGCAAAAGUGUAGUUGUGAGGGCCGGCCAUGGCAACGGCGUUGUGUGGGAAACUAGGCGUAUGGAAUUGACCUUGGGAAGCAAGGCUGUCGAGGAGAAGAUAAAUAACAAACAGCACGCUGUGGCUGAGGAUGCGGAUAAGGGUGGUGGGCGCUUGGGGAAGAGAUGUGGCGAGAGAAAAAUUUUGGUUUCCCAUGCCUUUGAAUCUCGUCGCCUGCGUGCGCAGAUGCAGGUCUUUUCUACCUACAGAACGCGAGAGGGUGUGGCCAGAAGAGGGGCGGUGCAGGUCAGUGCAAGCAAAGUAGUUUGGAGGUUAGAGGUGUGGAUGGAAAGCGUCCGUGUUCGCUUGGGCAGGGCUGUCUUAAUCGCCCUUGGCGUACUAGUAGCAACUGGCACGGAGCUGCCCUUGAACGGCGGUCAGAGUUGCUGGGAUAGUGGUUGUCCAGUAGACGACACAGACGUCGGCCAUGUGUUCCCCCGUGGAUUACGCGGGGCUGCACCAAGACGGCUGAGAAUGACAGGUGGUGCGUUUUUGGCGCCCAAGUCCGCUGUAAACCCCCCUCCCUCAACCGCCUCUCCGGCAGCUGGGAGCUGGGAGCUGGGGGACCACACUGCCACAGUCGUUGCUUUUUUGUGCGCCCAAGACGGUCACCACCAGCUCGCAUCACGAUCGAUGGAGGCAAGCGAGAAACAAGCACAACGAAAAAGGAAGAAUGGCACACACCACCAAGCCAUAUUGUGGCGUGACACCAGCACCCCCGUCCUUGUCAGCGCCGUCCGCCCAAGCUUUCAAUGCGCAGGACAACUGCCAUUCGUGACGGCAAGGCCCGACGACGCAAACGAGGAUGAUAUCAAUCAAUUGCCCGGGAGCAAUUCGCAUCGAAAUGGGCCAAUUUCAAUUGCACGGCGACCAAUUUCAUUGGUGAUGGGCACAGCCAAAACGCAAGUACCGGUACUGACCCAACCCGCAUUCCCACAACCCGCGCCGGCCGCCCAGACUCGGCCGCGGGCACCUCCAUGGCUCUUGUUGCAGGGGUUCGGCGCCUGGCGAACGGUCUCGAACCUUUGGGGUUCCAUCGACCAUGUCCAAGAACAGCAGAAACGAGCAAAACGCACGCCCACCCAAAAUCCUCUUUUCGUGCCGCCUGUCCCCCGGGCUUCUGUGCAGCCGGCAGGAAAGGGGGCGAUAUUGGGCCAAAAUUGGGGUAAUAGUACACAGGCGACAGCCGCUUCUGAGGAGAAAACUUGUCCAAUAUCCAAUCCGUCCCUGACACGAGGUGCGAGAAUUUAUGUAGAGAGCUGCAUCACGCCUAGUUAUCAGCAGCCGCCGGCCAGUGCUGCGUUGUUGAUAGAGUAUCGCCAAUGGCAGAUGCGGAAGUUAUCCAAACGGUCCUUCUAUCAUGUUGCGCCACGCACACGCUCCAUUGUCGUGGUGCCAAGACAAUCGAGAACAACGCGUGGCAGUGCUGCCAACUCCAUCAUUACGAAGAGGUUCCAGACACGGCGUCAACAAUCCGGCAGAAAGGAAAUGGAAACAGAGGGGAUUUCUGGAUGCUUCGGAUUACCAACCACAUGGUUUGCAGCUGUUGGUGAUCCGCCCAACCUUGCAGUCAUCUUCAGGAACUGGGAUCCUGCAUCCACCGAUGGAACGAUCGCGGCAACUGAUCUUCUCCCGGCCUCAAGAGGUAACACACACCUCUCUUCAUGCUUCGUUCCUCCCAGCAAUUGA